AUGAUGCAUAGAGAGUCUUGUGCCUAUGGGAUGGACAGUUUAGAACUGUUUCAAACCUCACCUACGAAUAUUACUUUAGAAGAUUCGAAAUGGAUGGAAUAUUACCCGAUAUCCAGUACCCUCCAAUCGGACACGGCGCCCAUUGAAUUUGAAAUCAAGGGUCAAGGAGAUGAAUACAUUGAUCUCUCACAAACUUAUCUCCAAAUGGUGUGUAAAUUCACCAAAGACGACGGGACUAAUUUGACGGGAGUCAAUAAUAAUGAGGUGAACAUCGAUGCGGCACAGCUAGCCUUGACCUAUCCCAAUGAGUCCCAGAAUGACGGAUUGAGAGAACGCCACAAGGCCAUAAACGAUAGCAAAAAGAUUGUGUUGAUGGAUCGUUUACACAUAGAUUUGUUUCAACAGGAAAAAUUUCUGCCUAAUGGGGUUGAUGUUCGCCUCCGAUUUAAUAGAGCGAAACCCCAAUUCUACAUGAUGACAGCCGCCUUGAGUAGUGGUAAAGUUUCUAUUCAAAGUAUCGUGAUGUGGGUGAGAAAAAUCAAACCUACCCCUGCCAUACAGAAUGCCAUCAAUCAGCGCUUGAAUACAGAGACAGUCAAAUAUCCGCUAAGAAGAGUAGAAGUGAAAACCUUCACCAUUGCCACGGGGUCCCAAUCAAAAAUCACCGAUCAUCUGUUUCAAGGACAAAUGCCUAAACGUGUUCUCAUAGGCUUUUUAGAAAAUGCCGCUUUCAACGGAGACGCUACUUAA